AUGCGAUCUCUGAAAUAUCUCUUAUGUCUUUCUACGAUAACGCUCGCCCACGCUCUGUGGCCAUUGCCCAGAAACCUCGAAACCGGAACGAACUUCGUCAAGCUCUCACCAAACUUCGACAUUAAACUCGUGUCAAACCUCGAGUCGAGCGCCCCUGAAGACCUCCUAUUGGCCUUGACGCGUACUAAGGAACGCAUAGUGCAGGACAAGCACCAAAGGUUGACGGAUGAGCGAGGGGCAAAGGACCUGUCCAACGUGAACGAAGGAGCGACACUUUCUUCGCUCGUACUAUCUCUCAGGAACCCACCUGACAAGAUACAGUCGAUCUCGGUGGAGUCUGUCAAGCCAUUGGAGGAUAGGAAUGAAGUGUACUCCUUGAACCUACCGAGUGACGGGUCUCCUGCGACCAUCACAGCUGACACGACGUUGGGACUUCUCAGAGGCCUGACUACGUUCGAGCAGCUGUGGUACUGGGUUGACGAUGACAGGGAUGGUGUGGUGUACACAUAUCAAGCGCCAGUCGUGAUUAAAGAUGACAGCCCUAGCUAUCCGUACCGCGGUCUCUUGCUGGACACGUCCAGGAACUUCUUCCCAGUAGAUGACAUCCUUCGAACCUUGGACGCGAUGAGCAUGGUCAAGAUGAGCGUCUUCCACUGGCACGUUGUCGACUCGCAAAGCUUCCCCUUGGAAGUACCCGGAUACCCUGAACUAUCUCAAAAGGGUGCCUACUCACCUUCCCAGCGAUACAAGACGGAAGACGUGCAGACGAUUGUCAAGUACGCGUCGGAGCGAGGCAUCGACGUUUUGAUGGAAAUCGACACGCCAGGACAUACCACCAGCGUCGCAGCCUCCCAUCCCGAGCAUGUCGCGUGUGCCUGGGCCGACCCAUGGUACAACUACGCACACGAACCACCCGCCGGACAGCUUCGAAUCACUUCAGAAAAGACCCGAGAGUUCACAGUUUCAUUGCUCAGCAACAUCGCUGAGACGCUUCCUUCGUCCAUGUUCGGCACGGGUGGAGAUGAAAUCAAUUUGAGAUGUUACCUCGAUGACGAACAGACGAAGAUUGAGUUGAAAGAUGCCGGACUCUCCAUCGAUAAAAAGGGGCUUGAUCACGUUUUGAACGACUUUGUGGAUGCAACGCACAAAGCGUUGAAGGAAUUGAAGAAAACCCCCGUGGUCUGGGAAGAAAUCGCGCUAUCCCAUGAUUUGACCAGCCUUUCGAACGAAACAAUCGUCACGGUCUGGACCGACUCCAGCAAGGCAGCCGACGCGAUAAAUAAAGGGUUCAGGAUCGUCCAUGCGCCAUCGAACUACUUCUACCUGGACUGUGGCGGUGGUGGUUGGUUGGGAAACUCGCCUACUGGUAAUAGCUGGUGCGAUCCUUUCAAGACCUGGCAAAAGGCAUAUACUUUCGAUCCACAAGACUCUAUCAGCCCGAGUAAAGCACAUCUAGUCCUUGGAGGACAGCAAUUGCUAUGGGCGGAACAGUCAUCGCCAGAAAACCUUGACUCGAUUGUGUGGCCACGGGCAGCCGCAUCGGCCGAGGUGUUCUGGACAGGCCUCCACGGUAGCGAACGAAACCUCACCGACGCACUUUCUCGGCUGCACGACCUCCGUUACCGAAUGGUUCAGCGUAAAAUCCGCGCGAUUCCACUUCAGCCCCACUGGUGUGCUCUACAGCCUGAAAAAUGCCUUGCUGCUCCUUGGGUGAAAUCGUGGUCUAUCGUCCAGAAUUCCAUCACCGAGUUCACUCGACGAUUGAUCAAAAUCGGGCGGUAUCUGCAAGGCAGCUACACAUUGUUCGGGCGGGUGAUUUAUGAGUUUUGA